CGCAGAUCUAAAUCGACAGCUCGAUAAUUAUCGAGGCGAUAUAGAAUGCUGUCGUUUUCCGGCUUACCAAAUACGGUCAUACCGGGCAAAGCUCUCCAAAAUUUUGCAAUAAAAUUGCAAACAAAGAUGUCUUAGCUUUGUGCUGCUGGCCACAAAACUUGAACUGCAGACAGUAAGGACGAAUCACACUACUCGACUCCCAACAACACAAAAGGCAGAGAGAUCCCAGCAAGAUGGCCAUGUCCAAGGUGAUCCGCGUGCUGGAGAAGUCCAUUGCCCCCUCGCCGCACAGCGUACUACUGGAGCAUCGGAACAAGAGCGACAGCAUCCUGUUCGAGUCGCAUGCGGUGGCCCUGCUCACCCAGCAGGAGACGGAUGUGAUCCGGAAGCAGUACACCAAGGUCUGCGACGCCUACGGAUGUCUGGGUGCCCUCCAGCUGAAUGCCGGCGAGAGCACCGUGCUGUUCCUGGUGCUGGUCACCGGCUGCGUGUCCAUGGGCAAGAUCGGCGACAUCGAGAUCUUCCGGAUCACGCAAACCACUUUCGUCUCGCUGCAGAAUGCGGCGCCCAACGAGGACAAGAUCAGCGAGGUUCGCAAGCUACUAAACUCGGGCACCUUCUACUUUGCCCACACCAACGCCAGUGCGUCGGCAUCCGGCGCCUCAUCGUACCGGUUCGAUAUCACGCUUUGCGCCCAGCGACGUCAGCAAACGCAGGAGACCGACAAUCGUUUCUUCUGGAACCGCAUGAUGCACAUCCACCUGAUGCGCUUCGGUAUCGAUUGCCAGUCCUGGUUGCUGCAGGCCAUGUGCGGCUCUGUGGAGGUGCGCACCGUCUACAUCGGUGCCAAACAGGCCCGUGCGGCCAUCAUCUCCCGGCUGAGCUGCGAACGGGCUGGCACGCGGUUCAAUGUUCGCGGUACCAACGAUGAGGGCUAUGUGGCAAACUUCGUGGAAACCGAGCAGGUUAUCUACGUGGACGGCGACGUUACCAGUUAUGUGCAGACGCGAGGAUCGGUGCCGCUCUUUUGGGAACAGCCGGGCGUCCAGGUCGGUUCGCACAAGGUGAAGCUGUCGCGAGGAUUCGAGACAUCGGCCGCUGCCUUUGAUCGGCACAUGAGCAUGAUGAGGCAACGUUAUGGCUACCAGACGGUGGUGAACCUGCUAGGCAGCUCCCUUGUCGGCAGCAAGGAGGGCGAGGCCAUGCUGAGCAAUGAGUUCCAGCGCCAUCACGGCAUGUCGGCCCACAAGGAUGUGCCGCAUGUGGUGUUUGACUAUCAUCAGGAGUGUCGCGGCGGCAACUUCUCGGCUCUGGCCAAGCUCAAGGAACGGAUCGUGGCCUGCGGAGCUAACUACGGCGUCUUCCACGCGUCCAAUGGUCAGGUGUUGCGCGAACAGUUCGGUGUUGUGCGCACGAAUUGCCUCGACUGUUUGGACAGGACGAACUGUGUGCAGACGUAUCUCGGGCUUGACACGCUCGGUAUCCAGCUAGAGGCUUUGAAAAUGGGCGGCAAACAGCAGAACAUUUCGCGGUUUGAGGAGAUCUUCCGCCAGAUGUGGAUCAACAACGGAAAUGAGGUCAGCAAGAUCUACGCCGGCACCGGGGCCAUUCAGGGUGGAUCCAAGUUAAUGGACGGUGCGCGAUCUGCAGCAAGGACAAUUCAAAAUAAUCUACUGGACAACUCUAAGCAGGAAGCCAUUGACGUUCUGUUAGUGGGAUCCACGCUUAGCUCGGAACUGGCGGAUCGGGCUCGCAUCCUGCUGCCAUCCAACAUGCUGCAUGCGCCCACCACUGUGUUGAGAGAGCUAUGCAAGCGGUACACGGAGUAUGUGCGUCCUCGCAUGGCCCGUGUAGCCGUGGGUACCUAUAAUGUCAAUGGCGGCAAGCACUUCCGCAGCAUUGUGUUCAAGGACUCGCUGGCCGAUUGGCUGCUCGACUGCCACGCCCUUGCCCGCUCCAAAGCGCUUGUAGAUGUGAACAAUCCGUCGGAGAACGUCGAUCACCCGGUGGAUAUCUACGCCAUUGGAUUCGAGGAGAUUGUCGAUCUGAAUGCUUCCAACAUAAUGGCGGCCAGCACAGACAAUGCCAAGUUGUGGGCCGAGGAGCUGCAGAAAACGAUCUCGCGGGACAAUGACUACGUCCUGCUCACUUACCAGCAACUGGUGGGCGUGUGCCUAUACAUCUACAUCCGACCGGAGCACGCCCCCCACAUCCGGGACGUGGCCAUCGACUGUGUUAAGACAGGUUUGGGUGGUGCCACUGGCAACAAGGGUGCCUGUGCCAUUCGCUUUGUGCUUCAUGGCACCUCCAUGUGCUUCGUGUGCGCCCACUUUGCAGCCGGGCAGUCUCAGGUGGCUGAAAGGAACGCUGACUACGCGGAGAUCACCCGGAAGCUGGCCUUUCCCAUGGGCAGGACACUAAAAUCGCACGACUGGGUAUUUUGGUGCGGCGACUUUAACUACCGCAUCGACAUGGAAAAGGACGAGUUAAAGGAGUGCGUACGAAAUGGAGAUCUUACAACCGUCCUCGAGUUCGAUCAAUUGCGCAAGGAGCAGGAGGCGGGCAAUGUGUUUGGCGAAUUUCUCGAGGGAGAGGUCACAUUCGAUCCAACGUACAAGUAUGAUUUGUUUAGCGACGACUACGACACCUCGGAGAAACAGCGAGCGCCCGCCUGGACAGAUCGGGUGCUCUGGCGUCGGAGGAAGGCGCUGGCCGAGGGCGACUUUGCUGCCUCAGCCUGGAAUCCCGGCAAGCUGAUUCACUACGGUCGCUCGGAGCUAAAGCAGAGUGAUCAUAGACCCGUGAUCGCUAUUAUUGAUGCUGAGAUAAUGGAGAUCGAUCAGCAGCGUAGACGUGCCGUAUUUGAGCAGGUCAUCCGAGAUCUGGGUCCGCCGGACUCCACGAUUGUGGUACAUGUGCUGGAGUCGUCGGCGACAGGAGAUGAGGAUGGACCAACCAUCUACGACGAGAAUGUUAUGUCGGCCCUGAUUACCGAGCUGUCCAAAAUGGGAGAGGUCACUUUGGUGCGCUAUGUGGAGGACACGAUGUGGGUCACAUUUCGUGAUGGAGAGUCGGCUUUAAAUGCGUCUACUAAGAAGAGUAUUCAAGUAUGCGGAUUGGAUCUUAUCCUGGAGCUGAAGUCAAGCGACUGGCAGCAUCUGGUGGACAGCGAGAUAGAGCUAUGCACCACGAACACCAUACCGCUGUGCGCUAAUCCUGUAGAGCAUGCACAACUCCUGCAGGCCAUAACGCCGGAGUUGCCCCAGCGGCCCAAGCAGCCGCCCACACGUCCCCCAGCCCGCCCCCCAAUGCCUAUGUCGCCAAAGAACUCACCACGCCACCUGCCCCACGUCGGGGUCAUCAGCAUUGUGCCCAAGCCGGCAAAGCCACCGAUGCCACCGCAACCGCAAUCUCAACCUCUUAUUCCGUCGCCGCUUCAGCCGCAAGCGGCGCCGCCUCGCCCGCCGGCAAUGGACACCACGCCAUCCUCCAAAUCGCAAUCGCCCACGGAACUUGUGUCUGCCAGUUCCUCGACGACCUCCUCGGGAAAGACUUCGCCCACGGCUCCAGCUGUGCUCUCCGGACCGCCGACACCGCCACGCCAAGUGCAGAGCAAGCAAGCCACACCCGUCUCAACGCCCACGCGCCAAGUCGGCUCGCCCAAGGAUCAGAUUCCGCCUGAUACCGCCUACGAAACCGCCAGUAACAUUUACGAGGAGAUCCAGGAGGAUGUGCCAGCGCCACGCCAUCCGCCGCCUGCUGCACCGCCGCCAGUGAUAGGAGCACCGAUGGGACCGCCGCCACCGCUGCCGAAUCGUAGGGGCCCACCACCCAUACCAAAUAGGAGCGGCAAUGCUCCGCCGCUGCCCACGCGACCCGCCAACAACUGAGCGUCAGGCUACGCACACGGGCUCGCUGUCUUGCACUCCGAUUGCAUUCCGAAUCGCUGUAUUUAAUGUUAUAUAUACUCGAAUAUAUUGGGCCACCCAUGGAGGAGAACUCCUGGCAAUAUCUGCACUUCGCAUGGAAUCUAAGUUACUAGUGUAUUACCUGUUUGUUUGUUUCGUUAGUUUCUAGCCGGAAUCAAACUGAAUUUAAAGUAAACUAAUUAGUUCCACAUAGCUAAAGCCCAAACGACCCCACAACGCUACUCUUCUAUUGUUUUUUAAUUGUUUUCUUGCUGGCCAGACGUACUCAACCCAAUUGCAUCGGAUUUGCCGAGGACGAAGAAAUGGAAUAAUGAAGUAUAUGGGCGACAAAGUAUUACACUAAUCUGCAUAAAUGUAAUGUUUAAAUGAAUUAUAGCCGUACUAGUCAAAUUAUGAAAUAAAAUUAUAAACACUGAAGCAGCAAUCGAACUCAGUAAAAGAUUCCAAUUUGAGUGACAUACCCAAAAACAUAUAUCCAUUGUUAUUGAACAACUAUUGAGAUAAAUUACAUAUUAUUCCACAUUGUUAAACUAUCGUUGUAUUCCGUCAAUUUGAGGCUACAUUCAGAUUUAUGUUUCGGUUGACUGCAAAAUAUAUAUCAAUGUAAUUGAGAAAUUCCAAUUGCUCUGUUCAAAAGUUGAAGUUACGCCUAAGAUUAACCAAGUAGCAUACAACAAAAUAAAACAGUUGGACCGCCGUAGUCGCUG